ACUGAAAGUUGAAACUAGGAAUAGUUGGAGCGAACUCAUUUGCCUCACCGCCGCCGCGCUCGACCCGUGGCACGCAUAGCUAGCUUUGUUACCGGAUAGUAAGAGUUGAAGUAAGGUGAGCGUGGUGAGAUGGUGGCAGCUGCUAAAGUCCUAUUUCCAGCCCUCGAUGCCCUCGAUGCCCAGCCGGCACCUUCACCUGUCCGUCCGUCUGUGUGCGAUCUGAGCGAGAGGAGUCAAGAGUCAAGACUAAGACUAUAGAGAGACGUAUCUUUUCUAUUUUCCUGCGAGACUGUCCCUCGUCUCGUCUUGUCAAACACCAUCUGAGAUGAAUUUCUACUUAAAAAUACUGUGUUCGAAUAGUGAACACGAAUAUCAGUACGUACCUUGCCACCCCUGCUGCUCGCUGCCAAGUCCGGCUCGCACAUCCCGCUGCAAUCAGAAGUCUGGACUCUUUUCGUCUUUGCUUCCCUUUCCACUCACUGGAACGGUUUGGGAGAAAGCCGCUGAAGGGACUUGGGUGAUCCGAGUGCCACACACACACACACCGAGAAAGACGAGAGAGAACGAGAGAGGAACAGUGUGACAGUGACAGGCACACAGGUUACCAGUGAGAGAGAGUCGGAGAUAAAAGUGCCAAUUACUGCUAAUAAGCUUGCUUCCCAGGGGUGGUGAUACCUCACCUUACUGUGUACACUAGGUAUGCAGAGUGGAGGGGGUCCCGGUCUUCUCGCAUCUACACGCCCCCACCACUUCCAUCAUACACCACCCACUUCUCCCACGCCACGCCACGCCCCCUGCCCUGCGGUCUGCGGCUUGCCCUUGAGGAGGUUGUCUUGGCUUUUUAUCCCAAGGUACCGCCUGAAAGUACCCGACUGUCCGUUAAAGAAGCGUUGCUCCUCCGACUCAGCUUGCUUCGAUUCUGUCACUCUCACUCCGACAACCAACUCAACCUACUUCGACAUCGAUUCGAGACCAUCGAUUACGCCCAUCUUAGACACCUCAACCGGCUUUUGUCUAGACAAGAAUUCCACCCUGAUGACUGGAAUCUCGUGCUAGACGCUUUCUCCACAACCUUCGAUCGGGCAUAUAUCACCUAAUGACCAUUAUCGACCUGGUUCUUCUUCGACAGCCUCUGCAAGCUGUCACAUAAAGAAGUCAACUUCGACGACGCGAAACCGCCGAAGACUAUCUUAUCGCAGCAACUCUUGGACAGAGAUCCAUUCUCUCAAUCCACAUACACACACCAACACAAUGAUUCCCAGAGGUCUCACUUCCGCCUUCGGGACCCCGUCCCUCGAGAUCGGCCAGAUCCUGCUCGGCAAUGCCAGCCGAUACACCAUCCAGAAGAAGAUCCGUGAGGGUGUUUGGAUUGCAACUAACCCCAUGGGCAACAAGUCCAUCGUCAAGGGUGUUCAGGGUAUCUCCGGAGCCCAGAACGAGCACAACGUCCUCCGCAAGUUCCAGGGUAACCCUUUCCUCCGCCCCGUUAUCGACGAGAUCCAGCAAGAUGCCCCGAUGAUUGUGCUCCAGCACAUGGACGACCAUCUUUUGAACGCUACUAUCAAGAAGCCCUUGACCAACCGCGAAAUCCGCUUCGUUGCCCGCGCUGUUCUUCGCGGCCUCUCCACUCUCCACAAGGAUGGCUACGUUCACACCGAUAUCAAGCCAGACAACAUUCUCGUCAACUACGCCUCGGCUUCUGAAGCCGACCCCGAUCUUCGCUUCUCCGACGUUCAGAUCGGUGAUCUUGGGGCUUCCUACUCCGUUGACUCUGACGUCGCCACCAAGGGUUUUCUCAUCGGCGCUCCCAUUUGGACCAGCCCUGAAGUGCUCAUGGAGGUUCCCUGGGGAACUGCCAGUGAUAUCUGGGCCUUUGGCUCCAUGAUGAUUGCUCUUCUCCACGGCGGCGACUACAACCCCUUCCGCCCUACCAACGCUCGCUACCACGACCGCAGCUACAUCUUUGAGGUCCUUCGCCAGCAGUCUCGACGCUUCGGUGCCAUCCCCGAAACCUACCUUGAGCGGGCGCGUCCCGGCAAGGCCAUGGCCGCCAAGGCACUGACUGUCGGCCGCAAGGUUGAGCCUCUCGACUUCCGCACCGCUUCUCACUUCAUCAACCGCAUCAUGCGCAUGGACGCCGCCGAGCGCCCUACUGCCGACCAGCUCCUCGAGGAGAUGUCUGGUCUCUUCGAGGACUAAAUCCCAAGACCCUCGACGGCCAUUCAUGAUUAUUGGAGACGAAUGAAAGACAUCCUCACAAGGGAUAAACAGCGAUUUGUUUUUUUGUGUACCGACAAACGGACACCAGCAUUAUACACACCAGGGGAAGAAUUAUAGGACAGAACUUAAUGAGGAUGAAAAGCGGCGGAAGCCAUUGAGCUCCAUUUCCUUUGUGUAUUUGGGACACCUGGAUACUACAGGCGAGGUUUUUUGUCAUUUUCAGCAGCGGCAUUUGGAUAUCGCCUGAACGGAAUUACUCGGGGAUUUGGGUCACACGGUCAACAUGGAAAAAAGAUCGCAAAGGGAAGACAAAAAAGUUACACAGGGCAACUAGGGGACAGCGAAUGUUUUCGGAGCGAUCAAAAGAAACCACCCAGGCGGUACUGUACAAAGAGAUAGAUGCCUUAGAAUGGGCCAUACUACAUAGACUAACAACCCAUACAUACAGUGGCCUCCAAAGAUGGCUCACUUUGAAACCAU